AUGAUUAAGUGUUGCGCGCGCGCGCGUGUGUAUGUGUGUGUGGAAUUUUAAGCAGCAAGUAGUUGAGGACAAAAGGAUUCAGCCACGGAGAGCUUUCACGAGAUAAAAAGAAAUUCUUGCGCGAUGGUUCACAUGAGCUACGCGCAAUGGGCUUGCCUGCCCAGCACUUAUCGGAACAAGGUUAAUCCAGGCAGCAAAGCGGCUCAACAAGGGGUGAGGGAGGGCGAUAUAAUUAGUAGUAUAAAUGGAAGAACUACCAGAGAUUUAACGAACAGCGAGGCACACGCACUCUUACGAAACGCCGGGGAACACUUGAAACUUGGUUUGAAUCAGGAAAAUACUAGCUCUCCGAAAAGACGAAUUUACAGAAGUAGUUUGCAAGAAAACACUACCACAGAAAUUCUCAGCAAGACAACGACAACGAAAACUACGACUACAUCGAAUACAAGAAUCAUAUCAGCAGAAUCGAAGAAGAACGAAACAAAUGACACAAAAUCUGAUCAAAGCUACGCCAAUCAAAACGGUGGUCCGAAGAGUUCUCUGAUCGAACAACGUGCCGCAAUUACAAAAAGAUUUCGCGAAUCCUUGGAGUACGCUACUGACACGGAAGAGAUUAGUAUGUCGCACAGUACGCGAAACCGCAGAAAUCGCAGGGGUCGCAACAGAAGGCGCUUUCAAAGGCAGCCGACGCCGGAGAGAGCUACGAAAGACGUCGGCGACCUCACCGUGGAAAAUUCAGAGAACCUAAAGGCUCCCGACGAAGUCCUAGACGAUUCUGCGAACACGAAGACGAACGACUCCUGCACGGAGAAUAUCGCACACAGUGGCGAGACCGAACAGAGAAAUAUCGGGAACGAAGACGAUAAAGGCGCAACAAGGAGCGGAGAUAACGAGAUUGUUCCAGGGGGAGCAAUUUCACGGAUCCGCAGACACAUGAAGGAAGAAAAGUGCAGAAUCGAGAAAGGUACCGUGAAGCCUGGUAUCAAGGUCCUAGAGAUCACGACGAUCAGCAGUUUGCCAUUAGAGGCAAAGAUCGAUCACAUUCCCGGUGUCGGUAUUCUGGAGACCGGCAGCAAAGACAAGGCGAUCGAAAACAAUACGAUCGUGACGAUUUCCGAGCCUACCGAGACGUUCCCUUCCUCCGUGGCGAAACUGUCCCGCAAGAGGAGAAACUUGGACGGGACGGAGACGUUGACGGGAAGCAACGAACGACUGCAGAUCCACGAUGUCAGCGAUUGCGACCUGCUGGAGACGGACAACGUCAAACCAGUUAUCACCGAGAUCCUGUCGGACGCGGAAAAGGACUCCGCGGAGCUACCCACGCUGUUGGAAGGGGAUUUCGACGAGUCCGACGCCUCGAGACGGCCCGCCGCGACGACGAGGCACGGCUGGGACAGCGUGAUGCCGUGCGAUGUUGAAAGAAAACUGAGGAGCUUCGUGGAGGGGCUAAAAUUGCCAGCUUACGCGGAGAAUGUCGAGGAAACGUGCAAAUCGAUGGAACGCGAGGGGAUCAGCGACUCGGCGUACAAGAAGGUGAGGAAACGCGUCGUUUUUGAGUCACACAGCGCGCAUUCGCAGGCGGCUAACAGGUUCUUGGACAUCAUUCAAGAGGAGGGCGAGAAGUUGUCCGAAGACGAGGAGCAGCACAUCAGAGACUUUAUUAACGAAGAGAUAGGCAAAUACCGGAGGGAGGAGCGCCGUUCAGAUGAGAAUAUUUCGGAGAACGUGUCGAGCGACGAGAUUCGCAUGGAACAUGGUGUAACGAUCGAUAUAGUUAACGCGAACACGAUGGAAACGCCUUGGCAGAAAGACAAGUCUGACACGAGACUCGAUACCGGAGAAAAUAUAGAAUCGAGUAAAGUGACGACUGGGAGUGAAAGUGGGGAAACGAGAGGAGAAUCACGAUCGGCCGGCGAGGCGGAUGAAAAUACGCCUGAGGGGGAUUUAAAGGAGGAGGACUCGGAGUCGAAGGAAAGCGACGGUGUCGAGAAAUUUGGAGAUGAAUCGACGGAAAGCGAUACACCGAAAGAGGGAAAGUUGGAGGAAAGUAAGGAGCGGUGUGAAAAAACGACGCGAGAAAACGUCAGUGACGAUGACAAGCCUGAGGAAGCAUCUCGGGAUGAAAUAUCGCAGAUAGGUAAUGACAGUGUUAGUGCAAGUGAGCCUGCGUUAAGUGAGAAAGAGGAAGCAAAUGACGAAACGUUGUCCGAUGGUGCAGGCAAAGAGUUUAGCGUUUCGAAUAACGAGCAAACAGCUGGUGAAGAUAUAACGUUAAACGACAAUGCAGAAUCGAAAGAAACGGAGAAACGAUCGUCGAUUGAAAAUGCUCUUGUGCGAGUGGAACAAUUAGAAGAAGAACAAAUUCAAUCUUCUGGUGCUCGUUCGAGCGUUAAUGAAAGUGCAAUAAGGGAGAACCAGGGAAACGGAGAAGAGAAACUAGGUUCAGACGAAACAGAAGGUAUUUUCGGUGCAACCUCGAGAGAAUCAAAGGCUGAGAAGCUGGAUGAUAUUGAUGAAACAGCUGACGAUAGUGCUAAUUUGGAAACUAACAAAUUAAUCGAGGUAUCUGUGGAUGAAGAGAAAUCACAAUUGGAGAAUAAUGCGCAAAAUUCUGGCGCAGAUACGUUAUCGGAAAAAGACGCACAGCUGCAAACACCUACUAACGAUAGCAGUUCUAAAAAUAAAGCAUUGGCUACAGAAUUGGUAGAAAAGGAGGAAUCGAAUUUGGAGCAUAACAAUUCUCAGAAUUCUGAAGAAGUAACACAAAAUAAAACAACUACUACUGAAGUGCUUAAACAAUCAUCACAAUCAAAUGAAACAGCUAAAGUGACAGAAGACGAAACAAAGUCUGAGUGUGUCCAUAAAAAACCACUGCAAGCCACGAAAUCAGUUAACAGCUUACAAACCAAGAAUUACACUAAAUUAAGCGACAUCGGUGUUUCAGAAUCAAGUAGCAUGAAAGCUGGAAGCAACGAUGAAUUAUCUUCGGUAACGAUAAAAUCUUGUCCCGUAGAGAGCAAGGACUCAGAGCUCCAGUCCCAAAUCACUACUGUUUCAGUGACAAGGGAAAAGCCUGACCCUCCAAUGCCACCAGUGAGAUCGUCCAGCUUUGCAGACAUUGAUUUUCAAACGAAAACAACAGCCGGUUCGUCUAUUCGCGACAAUAAUCCACCGAUUCCCCCGUUACGCCGAAAAAAGGAGAGCAGAGAAACUGCGGACGAAGACAAUCCUCCGAGUCGUCCACCACUUCCGAAAGAAGAUCUCGAGCUAUACGAUACACCUCUGAAACAACACUUCAAGACACUGCUUUCGGAAAUGUCGACGGCGAGCAGGAAUAUGGAUAUUCUGAGAACUCUAUUGGCAAUAAUAUCACAGAGUGACGCGACCGUCGAAAAUAUUCGUGACACCUUAAGGAACGUGGACGCUCUAGCUCUACCCGAGCAUAUUCGCGGGAUCAUCGACGAUCUAAGAAUCCGCGGGAGGAGGGCUUGUUUCGAGAGUGACAACAUUACCGUAUUGCGCAAUUAUGUUGAGAGUGGCGCCGAGCUUGGCAGUGGAGCAAGUCUUGAAAUAACACAGAAGCACUUGGAUCAAAAGAUGCGUGAAAAAUGGUUGGCGCCCAAGUCUCUGUCGAAAUCUCGCACAAACAGACCGGUCGAACGAAUAGUGAAAAUGGUAAUAGAAUCGGAUACGAACGAAUUCGACCAAGCGAAUAAAUUCGAUGAGAAGCGAUCGAAGAAGGAACAUGAAACAUGGACGAAUAACGAAUCAUCGACGGACAGAGUUGGAUCAAAGCAACCGCACACGCAUCAUCGUGUUCAGAAGGUUAUCAGGAACGAAACGUCGAGUACGAAAACGACUCACACGCAGGAGAGAAAAUCGACUGUGUCCGGUAUGAAGAUGUACAGCAACAAGGUAGAAACUUCGAAGGAUACCAGGGAGUUAACGACCAGCGAAGAGGAAUUCGAGGAAAUAUACAAGUAUUCAAAUUUGAGGGAAGCAGACGAAUGGAUGCCUUACACAUGUAACAUCAUCCAUGGCAAGGAUGAUAAGCCUGAUCGAAGGGAGAGAGAGAAAUGCGACAGUCCUUCUGGAAUAUUGGAGCAUAUUCUGAAAUUCGAACGUUCCGGGGACAAAGAAAUGCUCGGGACAGCUGAUUGCCAAUGUCACGAUUCGUCCAGCAGCGCGACUACUUUGAGCACAGUGAAAUAUAACCCGAUGGAUGCUUGGCAGGCGGAUAUUUACUCGAUAAUAGCGGAAGAAGCAAGAAAAAGCAAGCUCAAGCGUACGACGGAAAAAGAGGUAGAAUCGUCUAGCUUGAAAAGCAAGCUUCCUCUGUUAAAAGGAGACGAAUCAUCCUGUGACGUUGCCAAUGGUCACGAAGUCCCAGUGACACCGGAACCUAUACCCUACUCACCUGUCGAGGACUUGUACUACGUGCCAAUAGAAAGUGGCGAGAAUUAUGUGAAAAAUGAGUCGGAAAGGAAGGAAACUACUGUGCCGGAAUCUUUGAAAGAUCUUUGUAUAAAGAAAAUUUUAUCAAUGCCGUACGGGCUUCACGUAAUCAACGAGAUAACGGUGCCUAAAUUUAACAUCUUCAAAAGUUUACGAUCUAUCCCGAAGUUUGCUAACAACGCAACGAGCGAUGACAUUAGGAACAUCACAUUAAACAUGCAUGGCGUGAGUGAACGACAGACUGAUAAACUAACGACAGCUUCGCUAGGAUUGAAACAUCUUGAUCCGUGCAAAACCACUGUUUCAGACCAGAGUAAGUCAGAGCAAUCGGAACAGAGGGAACGACACGCGUGUGAUUCGAACGUAGACGUUGAACGGUCAAUGUCGCGGCAAACAGACGUAGCGAAAAGCAAUUCGGAAGCAUGGUUAGGCUUGGCGACCACCAAGGACCCUAGGUUACUCGUAUGCUUGUCGCCGUCGCAGCAAAAGGCUGCGAUAAAAACGAGCCCGGAUAAUUUGCUGGAUCUCCACAAAAAGUUCCUCAACAGGCACAGUUACUUCGCGGAGGAACCACCUCCGCGAAUCUCUGUUCCCAAAUAUGUGGUCGAAUUGCAGCCUGUCGCCGAAACCGACAGCAAACGCGAAGCGAAGGUCCACUUUUCCAAGCCGGUUGUUGAGGAAACCCGCGAUACCAACGAUAGAACGUCGACCAAUAGACUGCUGGAAAUUAUAAAAGAGAAUUCCGACGAUAGGAAAAGUCGAAGCAGUUCGAAGCUGUUGAAAAGCGCGCCGAACGAGACGAAAGUGAGGUUCGACGAGUCAAGUCUGUCGGACUCGAAGUCUUCCCACACGCAGUCCAGCGCUUUCGACAAAGAUCAGCAGCGUCUCAAAGCUACUCGCCUAUGCGACUGGCUGAACUUGGCGAGACGCGAACCCAUCGAUACGCCGUGCCAUGCGACAUCGCUCUCCGAUGAUUUAUUAUUAGAACCGUCGGGUGAGGGAAAACAAAGCGAUAAGAGCCGUUCCAGCGGACGAAUUUAUGGCAGUCAGUCGGACAUUGCAAAAGAGUCAGGGUUAGAUAACGACGGUGAGCACGGCGCCGGCAAACGAGCAACUCCGGUUCAUUAUAUCAACACCGCUUUGAUUGUGAAUUCGCCCGAAAGGCCUGACCCGCCGGCCAGGAGUACGACACCUUUCAGCAAGAGUCCAAUUACGUUGAAUAGCGCGAUCAUCGAUAGAACGCUCACAAUGCCGGACACAGCUGGGAAAAAGACGCCACCACGAAGGACUAUCGAUCCGCGUUACAACGUGAAUCCGGCGUUGAUCGACGACAGAGUCGAGCCGCCGCCGCGAAUCAAACGUGUUGUGAAUGUGGACAAAUCGUGUAUCGAUACGACGAGCAUCUUCGAUCAGAAUCCGCCGAGGAGCCAUUUGGAGCCGCGUCGGUUCAAGAACGCGGAAAAUCUGAAGCACGUGGCGGCUACUGAGAUUAUGCAGAACCUGAAGAAGCUUCAGACCGAGGCUGGGAAUUAUUUGGAAGGUCGUCGAAAGUAUUCGCUGCCUCCAGAGUACUUCGCGCAACAGCUCAAGUACAUAGAAUUGCUGGAGAAUCAAUUGAAGAACGUAAUAUUGGCUGAGGAGGAGGAGAAAGAGGCGUUCGACGAAUUCCAGGUGCACGUUAGAGAGGGAAUGGAGGAGAAAGGAGCGAAUGAAAACGAAUCGAAAGCGCAGCCAGACAAAUCUUCCAAUCGAGAUAGCAGAUGGGACGAGAAGUCCGAGAACGUGGAGAAAGAUCAAAACACGUCGUCUCGAGUUUCGGACGUUGAAAGGACCGUGAAAAUCGAGAAACCGAAAAUGUCCGCGGUGGCGGUGAACGGCGAGUCGUUUCGUCAGCGGAUGUACGACGAGUAUUUGCACAAAGUUCUCGAGCGGGAGGAGAGGAAACACCACAAAGUGGUGAAGAUCAGCGCUCACGAGGAUAUUCGUAAGGCGAACGACAAAUUGGAGAAGAUCGGUAUGAGCGCUGUGGAAAAAGAAUUCAUCGAGAAAGCGAGAAACAGAUUGAAUAAGUUUGGCAUUAAUUUAGACGAGAGCGAGGCGGAAAGUGACGGCAAAGGAGAGAAAAAAUGCAAGGAGGAGGAGAAUGUCGUAAAUGCAAAAUUUCUGAUCGACGGGAAGGAGUUCGAAGAUGCGAGAAAAUUGCCGAAGCAUCUGCAAGAGUUCCUUGAAAUAUCCACUACACCCGACGACGUUGGAUGUGGUUACGAUUUUUCGACGAAGAGAAACGAUAGUGAGAGCGAUUUGCUGCACGAGAUUGACGAUGCUUUGAAAUUCGGCAAGGGAUUUCUGUUUGGGAAAGAGAACGUUAUGUUCGCCCCCACGUUUAAAGCUUCCUCCGCGACACGAGGCGUUUGGUCACCUGGAAGCGAGCCACCGCCACCCCCGAAGGUGCCGUGCUCUGAACAAAAAGAGUCUGAAAAAGAUGCCGGUAUUCCUCCUGUUUGGACGCCUUCCAAUGCCGGAGCCAGUCCAGUUCCCGAGAAAAAGGAAUUUCGGCCGGUGCAAUUCGAAAGCCCCACUCUAAGCCGAAAAAAGUUAGCUCAGCAAGAACAGACGGCGCCACCUUGGGAAACGGAAGCGGAAAAGAAGGAAAUAUCACAGAGCAGUUAUGAGAGUAGCAGUUCGCGCAUUGUUAAUUCGCACUCAGCACCGUCGCAGGGAUUAAAUUCAUUAACUUCAACGCCCCGUCUGCCACGUGCACAGAAUCCUACCAUAACUCUGCUGCAAAAAGCAAGAGAGGGACAAUUGCCAAAAGGAGCGGCCUACUUAGAGGAAAACGAGGCGAUAAAACGUCCACCGAGCGACGAAAAGCCAAUAAUUAGUCCUGGUGAAAUUAUCUACACCGUGAAGAAAGAGUACGAGAGCGAGCCGGAAACGGAAAAUGAACAGCCGAAGAAGAUGGCCGAUUUGAGUUCUCGAAAAUUCGAGGGUAUUGGCCCAACGACUAAGGAGGGUAUUCCUCUUGUUUUAAGAUCGGAAGUCAAGGAGAAUAAUCAAACAAAAUGGUAUAAGAAAAUGUACGACUCGUUGCAUCGUGCAGACAGAAGCGAUGACUACAUAACCAUUCGUUACAAACCAAGAAGAGGAACGAGAUACGCUUGCGGAAGCGGCAGUGGAUAUUUAAGCGAACCGGAGCAUCGUUUAUACUCGGACCGUUCUGCCACCUUCGACAGUCGCCGACGCUUGCGCAACAAGGAAAAUGAUUUCUCCACGGCGACUAUGCCCAGGAAGAAUGGAGCACUGAAAUAUACUCCGGAGACUUAUAAAAAUCAGCCUGGACGCAUCGAGGACUACGAACCUGGACGAUCGUCAAUUGCCGAAAGGGAAGCCAAAGAGUGGUGGGACGAGGUCAUGGACAUAUUUGACGGGUGGUUGAACGAGAAUGGGCAUCGUCAGGGUACGGAGAUGGAGGAGCUUCGGGAUGCGCAGCUGAGUCAUCGUGCUCUAAGCCUCUCUUACCGGCCGGAGAGCAGUCACAAUCCGUUCGAUCAGCGCAACAAUCGUCUAGCGAAACCGUACAUGACACACACUCUCAAAGAGUCCGGUUACGAAAGUGAUUCUACCCUGGUGUUCCGUCGUAAGGAAGACAUCAGUCCGUUGAAUCAAUUUGAGCAAAGAUUAGCCUACAAAACGGUGCAAAGUGGUGGUGACGUACCCCUUCAUGGACUUCGUAAACCAGCUCCAGAACGGCCAAAGGACGAUACUGGGCUCGAGUAUUUUUCGAUCUCGCCCACUUUGACGCGGAUCCGUGUACACCGAAAACACGGCUUCACUUCUACUACCACGCCUUCUGUCUCAUCGUCGACAACUUUACCGCGAUACAAAAGAUCACCGGUCUGUCGGAACAGAACGACCAAGAAAAUGGACGUUCGAUCGGCUGUCGUGAGAACAAACACCUCCAGAGGCUAUAGUAGUCCACGUAGUAGAACGCUUUCGAGCGCAGUUGCGCUGGAAAGACCACCGUCUCCACCGCGAAGACAGUCUUCCAGAAACAGUAAAACCUUGAAACUGUACACGUCGAGCGUAAAACAACAAACAACAGACAGCGCGUCCUUCAAGUCGAGGCACAAGCAAUGUUUCACGGAUGACGCGUGCAGCAGCAUUAGGUCACUGAGGGAACGAUUCUGUAGCAAUCUGGACAGACACAGGCCGAGCCGAGAAAGUUUCCAGACCUCGAACGUAUUUCGAACAUCCUCCAACAGUCUGACCUCGUCUUCGUCGAAAGUUUCCGCCCCGAUGUCCGUUACACUGAACAAGAAGAAGUCCGAGACUUGUCUAUCGCAAAGUUUACCCGAUGCGACUGCGGGAAAAAGUGCGAGUUCGGAGAGAGGCAGAGCUCGGGUCUGCGGAGCUGUUUCUUCAACUUGGAGGGCCGGCUAUGAAUAUUCGAUGAAACCGGAGGCGAAACGAGCGGACGAUAAAUCAUUCUCGAUCGGGAAGGUGACUUCGAGGUACGCGGUUCAUCCCUUGACAAAGUCGAGGGAGGAGUUGUAUCCCGCGAACGGAAUCUGUCAGUCUGUGUCCUGUGUGAAGAAGACCAGCGUCAGGGGACGGUUAACUAAGAAGGAACAGGAAGAAUCUUCCAGAAGACUUGCCAGGUCUUCCGUGGAUUUGUCGCUGAUCGAGAGUAAAAGACAUUUGCAGAAAUGCAGAGAAAAGAAUGCCAAAGACGUUCAAACCGCGAUACCACUUUCGCGAACUGUCGUUAAAAGUCCCAUGACGAUGUACCCGUCGACUUCAAGUAAAGAAAAACAGAAGACUCCGCAAGAUAAGUCUUCGAAGGUAGCGACAACGGUGUCGUCAAAGGGGCAAGAUAUUUUAAGGAAACCUGCUGAUUCAACUUCGGUAACAAAAUCGAAUGUUUCUUUCGUGACGUCUUCUUCCACGUUUUCUCCAUUGAUUUUACGUAAUACGGUAGACACUGAGAAACCGAGGACAAGAGUGAGACAACCUAACACAAUAGGUUACAGCAAGGAGCUAACGUCUUCCUCUGAGGCUAUUAGCGAGUCCAGUAAAAAGAAGAGACAGAGACCUCAAACCAUCGUCAGACCACGUAUACAAAAGCCGGAAACCAUACACGUUAAUCCUAGUUCAAGCAAGAAGAAAAUAGAGGUCAAAAAGAAUGUACGGAAGGAAAAGAAUGGAGGGACCACGAAGGUGAAAAGACUCGCAAAAGAACAAGGAACUGAUUUGGAGAUUGAAACUAUUAAAGAGGGAAAUAUUAAAAAUGAAGAGCCGAAUGUUAGACAGAAAACACCUAAAUUAGACGAUCAAUCGUCCACGUUGACUAUAGAAAAAAUGAAACAGCAUCACGAGGUCACUCGAUCAGACACGUUCUUUCAGAAUCUCUUCUUGAGAUCUAUCUGUUCGACUGUUUCAAGCGAAAACGUUCCUUCCAGAGGAUUAAUUGUCAGCGAACGAGCCAGGAUAUACCAGGAGAAUAUCAGAGAGAGCAGUAAAUCCGAGCCAUCCCUGAAGUCUUUCAGCAUCUACUUGGCUCACAAGCGUCCAGUGUCGAAUUCAAGGUUCAAAAACUGGGAACUAGAAAACGUUUCUUCUAGAAGUUCGAGUCCUUACGGUGUCAGCUGGCCUGGCAGAUCUGUGUUUCAGAAGGUCAGCAAGUUCGACAGUCUUCUGGGCAUCGAGGAUUUUGGAUCGUCGACAACCUUGCGCAAUCGAAGCCCAGACUUGACCAGGGAACGCUUGAAAGAGAGAAGCUCAAGCGAGCCGCCGAUGAAGACCUUGUCAGAAUGUUCAGACUCGAAGCUUUCGCCUCCGCGUUCUUCUCUGACAUCCCCGAUUAGAUCGGCAGCUUGUCGGCGCAUACGCACCUUGAAACAAGAGAAAUCGAACGGCCUAAACACGAUCACCGUGAAAAAAGUUCGAGCUAGAAGUGCUGGCGAAGCGGAACAGCUGCAAGGAACGAGAUCACAAUUUGGAUCGGAUUUAUCGUUGACUGGAAGCGCUGCUUCCCUUUGCACGUCACCGAUCGAUCGUGAAUAUUAUCACCAGUACAUGUUGGAAAUGUUGCACAACAGAAAGAAAUCGGACAGGUACAAAGAGUUGCAGGACUUCUACUCGAGUUUGGAAAGAUUGGGUGAAUUAGAGAGGACAUUUUCUUCGAACGACUUGAAACCACGGACGAGGGACAAGGAAAUUAUAGAUUACGACCGUUGGAAGAAGGUGAGGUCGCAAGAGAAGGCUGAGGUUGAAUUUAACAGGCUGCAAGGAAAACUGAAGGCUGUUCAGAAGGAUAAAGACUUUCUGUUCUCCACCAAAGACAUAAACAAGUUGAAGUGGCGCGGUAACUGUGGCUUAAGGUGUAAAGAACGCUCCGUUGAGAAUAUUAUCCAGCAUUUCAAGAAACUGGAAACCGAGGAAAGUGAGCUGGAGGCCUCGAGAAGGAGAGAAAUUUCGUCGCGGAAAGAUACGUACAAACCACUUUGGCGAGGUACGUCGGUGAUAAACAUGGCAAGUACUAUGCAGAGAAAGGCGAACGGUGAGCAAAACGAGAAAUCUUUGGACCACUUGGAUCAUCCGUCGUGGCAAAAGAGCCUUGGUGGCAGUAAAAAAUUCUGGAGCAGUUUAUCGAUCGAACAGGUGACUACUUUGAAGAAACAAUUGAACGAAAUAUACGGCAGCGAUAAUUUACAAAAGUCCACGCCUUCGACAUCUUCGAAGGUAGAUACUGAGAUUGCCGAAGAUCGGCAGGAAAGAAUGCCGGAAACUAAUAAGCACGAUCCCCUAUCGAAAUACGAAAUCGUGGUUAUACCUCAAACCGACUCAAGCGAUGGCGUUGUAGACGAUGGAAAAGGCCUUCACGUACGAUGUCACUCGAUGAUUACGCCGGAUACGUCUGCAGGUGAGCAAAAAUCGUUCGCAGAUCAUCCGGAAUCGACGUUGAGAAGAAGUGACUCCAUCAGUCGAGGGAGAAGUUUAGAAAGAGCUGUAGGUGACAAAACCGCCGCGACAUCUCCACCAAUGAGCGAAAUAGAGAAGAAGAGGAUCUCCGUGACACUCGGAAAGGAAUUUUUAGACAAAGUUUCGCAGACAAAAUUGUCGAUGCCACUAGCUCCUAGCGGAACUCACGGUAGCAUAGCCGCGGGAUCAGCGAAAAUGUCGAAAGCAGCACGUGAUUUGACCACGCCUAACGGAACAAGCGUAUCACCGAGUAGCUGUCAUUCUUUAGAAGUGCCAUGCUCCGGAGACCUAUUGCAGAGGAAAGAAAAAAGCGAUUUUUUGUUAGUUCUGACACCGAACAACAAGAGCCCAGUUGACAGACAGCGAGUAGAAACUGCGUUGGAAGAAUGGUCGAGGAAACCACCUCUCCUAGCGAUAUCGCUGUCCGACAAUAGUACUCAGACCAACACUAUAGGUCUUAAUUCAGGCAGCGAAAGGGACAGCACGACAGGAAGUUCUGACACAUCUAUAAAGACAGUGAUUCAGCGAAACAUAGAGUCGCAAGAUGUUCCAGCGAAGAUCGAGUUCUUCGAGAACGUCGACAAGAAAGAAGCUGAAAUGGAUCGCGGGAAGAAGGAGCAGGUGAAACGGAGGCCAGGAAGACUGUCAACGUCGCAAAGUUUCGCGGAUUUGAGGGAACUAUUCGGCGAAACAGAGUCGGCGAAGUACGCGACCCUACCUUUGUCAGGGUACAGGACACGUUCGACCUCGCCGAAAGGAGCGGCCAGCAAGAGGAAAGGAAGUAGUCCUGCUCGGGAAGCAGAUACCAACACGCGAGACUUGCCCCACGCGUGUUCACGCGACCGUGAACACGUUAGGCCGCAUAGCGUCAGUCCAUGUCGCGCAACGACGCGAUCGAAUUCAUCCUGCAGUGUAGAAAGUAUCUGGCUGCGCAACUCUUCGCCCGACCCGGACAAGUACUGGCGCGCUUACCUGAAACUCGUGAAAAACGGCACGGUGAAACAACUGAGAGCCAGAUUCGAGAGCGCGGAAGACCUCCGCGGAGGUAGAGUCAGGGUGGUACCAGCGCCGAAAAGGUUUCAAAGCGAUCCAGAGCUGACGCGGAAUUUACUGAAGAAAGUCGACGAAGGCAAGCUGAAACCUCACGAGUUCGCGGACGUAGCCUGGUUACGCCGGAAGUACGAACCACGUAGAGGAAGAGCUCGCAGGAGAGGCGAGUCACCGCCGAUUCCACGCGUGCCUCUUAAACAGGAGGAUCUAUCUAUGCCGCACAUCGACGUGAUCAGCAAGACGGUCGAGUUGAAGGACUCGUCUGCUUCCACGUCGAAAGUUACCAAUGCCGCGGCCAGGAAGGCGGAAACGAAAGAGCUCGAAGCAAAGAAACCAGUCGGUCGUAUGAGGAAGAAGUUCGAGAAAUUCGCCACACAGAACACUUCGAUACUGGGCAAAAUGUUCACUUCGUCGCCGGAUGUCCACGAGCUACGAGAUAUCGCUCCUUACCUAGCUGGUCGUUGGGUGGCACAUAGGUAUCCCAGUCGACGGGAUAACAUGCGUUCGUUGUCCUCGCCUCCAGACCUUGCUAGCCGAAUCUCUGCCUCGAGUUCCACGAGAAUGCAGAGUAACGAGGGUAAAGAAACGAUGGGAAAAGUACGAAGCGCUACGUCCAAAGGUCUGUCGUCGAUUUUGAAACAAUCCGACACUUUUGCCAAUCAACUGUUCGAUCCGGAUAAACAUAAACCGAGGUUUAGGUAUCAACCCCCACCUCCGCCACCUUCGCCGACCGUACGACGAAAAACCACGUCUUGGUGGUCGCCGAUUCCGGUCUACACUGCUCGACCUACCGUCACAUUUGAAGAAUACAUGAAUGCACCCCCGCCGCCGCCAAAAUCACAACACUACACAGACGACUAUCAAGAAUCACCGAGGCGUUAUGUGGAGGGUGAGGUGACGAUUCACUAUCGUUCACCAGUGCGUACAGAGGCGAAAGAACCAUGGAGUGAGGAAGAGCUCGCUCGUCGAAGCGCAGAGAAUAUGCGGCGCGUUUAUGAAGAAGAACGUCGUCGCAAAUACCUCCAGGAGCUGCACGAUGCUGAUUCACGGCGACAUAACUUCAUACCAUCUCAGAAGUCACCAAUUCCCCCGAAUCGUUUCGACGAUUUCGCCGACGAUCUGAGCCACAGAAGCAGAUCUCAGGAGCAAACGCCGGAACCGCGGCUCAUCGCAAGGGCACUUUAUAACUUUAUCAGACAAUCUCCAAGGGAAUUGAGUUUCCGUCGCGGUGACAUAAUAUUUGUACGACGACAGGUAGACAAAAACUGGUACGAGGGUGAACAUAAUGCGAUGAUCGGCCUGUUUCCAUCGAAUUACGUCGAGAUUUUGCCAUACGAUGGCAUGCGAACGACACCAAAGAAACCCCACGAAGGUCAAGCACGAGCUAAGUUCAAUUUCGUCGCUCAAACAAAUCUUGAGUUAUCUUUGGCCAAAGGCGAACUUGUUGUAUUGACAAGAAGAGUCGAUGAAAACUGGUAUGAAGGACGUAUUGGAGACAGAAAGGGGAUAUUUCCCAUCUCUUAUGUCGAAGUUAUCGCAGAACCCGGGCUUAGAUCAGAAACGCCAAUGCAAAACAAACCAGUUGCCUCUCCAGCUGCACACAGUCUGCUGGCAAAUGGAUCAGCUGGAGGGAAAAUGAGUAUGGGACCCCAUCAUUAUAUGCCGUCCAGACCAGUUAAUAUAAACACAAUCCAGCCACACUACAAUUCAUUGCCAAGAAUGGGAGGGAGCAAGCUUCAUGUUUCGCAACUUAAUGAAGCAUUACACAUCGACACGCACUCUGAACCGAUACCGUACCGAGCUCUCUACAAUUACAGACCACAAAACGAAGACGAGCUCGAAUUGAAGAUAGGCGACACGGUGUACGUGAUGGAAAAGUGCGACGACGGAUGGUACGUCGGUUCCAGUCAGAGGACCGGUUACUUCGGCACUUUUCCCGGAAACUACGUGGAACGAUUGUGAGGAACUUCAGCAAGUUGUACCGAAUCGCAGAUUACAUUUUACCAAAGCACUAAAAAAUCGAACCAUUAAUGUAGAUGAGAUUUUACGUUUACACAUCGACGAGAAGGAACGACGAGUCACUACAGUCUUCCUGUUCGAGAAUUUCAAUGGUAGUAAUCGUAAACGAACCUUUAUCGUCGAAUUCACCAAAAAGAAAAGUAAAUUUACCGUAAGGCUGCCUAACGUGUACGUAGUGUAUGAUAAUGUUUAGUAAUUUAUUAUACGAUGUUAACGAGAACGAAGUACGUCAGACGGGCGUUGCAAGGUAUCAGAGUGAAAAAUGAACAGAACACGGCCAGGAACGCAUUUGUUCGUUUUUCUACGGGAAGUAUUCACGAUUAUCGUUCUAUUUACGCAACGAAGAAAAAAACAAUGUAUGAAUAACGCGUAAUUUUUAACGAAGGUGCAAACUCAGAUAGCACGCGACGUCUUGGAGAUGUCCGUUCUUGGUCUGAAUAUCUUACGACCAGAUUUGGACAUCUUUCAGACAAAUUACGAAGAGAAAUUAUGCCUUUAAGACGUUUUUAAAACGUUUCUAAAGCCAGCCCAGUGCUUCGCCAA